CUCAAUAUAUAUAUAUAUAGGUGUAAAUAUAUGUAUAUACACAAACGUUUCAACUGUAUGACAUGAGAGAGACUAAAAACUGUAGUCAGCAGAGAGAGAGUGUCAGGUGUACUUGCGAUAUAAAGAAAUAAAAAUAUCUACAAGCGUUGGUCGGUUGUCGUUAUUUAAAAAUCUAAUCUUACGAUGAUUAUUAGUGAGUUAGCGUGCAGUGUAAUGCUCAAAUAUCCUAAUGACGGCGAUAUCUCAGAAAAAGUGUCAAUUUCACCAUUUUUCGUUGAUGCACUUUGACAAGUUUAACGAGUUAUUCAUGCAACAAUCAUACGCAAGUGUGUUUAUUAUUCCUUCGUGAUACUGUAAUAAUUUAUUAAAUCCACCACAAGUGUGUGCCUAUGAUAACAUUACAAUGGCGACGACGAAGGAAAUAAGAUUUACAAUGCUUUUAUUGGAUCCGGGAGAGAUUUUUUUCGAAGACUACAGCGUGCAAAUGAAAUUCAUUGAUGGAAAUAUCGAAAAUGAUGAAAAUCAGUGGUUGGAUGGUCGAUUAAAAUUAUGCUCAAAAUCUUUAGUUUUCGUCAGCAAAGACAUUAAUCAACCGCUCAUUAAAAUUGCCCACAAAGAUAUAACGUCCACUGAAAAACUUCCCUGGGACAAUAACCUUACAGAGGUAAACGAUGCACUUUUGGUUCACUGUAAACAGUAUGUGGAAAUGUUCAAGGGAAACAUACUUGCUCCUUAUAAAUUCAUACAUCAACCAGCUGACUUUCAAUUUUCCUUCAACUAUGCUAAAGUAGAAGAUUGUCUUCCACAGAUACUGCAGCUCUUAAGAGCUGCCACUCUUCCAACAGCCGAACAAAACGCUAUGAUAAUGGCAAUUGUCCAUUCAAGACAAUCCAGAUUUACAUUUGACACGUCGUGGUUGGAAGAUUUAUACGAGCAGAUUAUAAUUGAGACUCAAGCAAAUAAAGUCUCACCCUUAGUGAUCAACCCAGGUAGAGUUUUGCUUACCAACUGUAGAAUUUAUUUUCAACCUUACAAUAAUAUGGACCAGUAUCCCGUCCUCAAAAUAAAUUUGAAAGACAUAAAAAAUGUUAUCAAGAGGCGAUUUUUAUUACGCCAAGUGGGUCUUGAAAUAAAGUGGUCACGGCCGUCAGAUAAUAAAACAGAGCUUUUAUUUUUAUCAACAAAAAAUCAGGAAGAUAGAGACGCAUUGUACACGAGUAUGUUGAACCAAUUUGACUUAAAAAUCGAAACGUUGCAUCAAAAUCAAAUGACUAUGCAAUGGCAAAAUGGCUCGUUGUCCAACUAUGAUUACCUUUUAUAUAUCAAUAGCAUAGCGGAUAGAACUUUCCACGAUUUGACGCAAUAUCCCGUGAUGCCUUGGGUCCUUCAGGAUUACACGUCCACCACAUUGGAUUUUGACAACCCAAAUAUUUACAGGGAUCUCAGUAAGCCCAUUGGAGCGUUAGAACUCAAGAGAUUGGAAAGAUUGAAAGAUCGGUACGACGAGAUGUCGGAGCCGAAAUUCUUGUAUGGGUCACACUACAGCGCCCCUGGUUUUGUGCUUUUUUAUUUGGUCAGAAAGUACCCGCAGUACAUGCUGUGCCUGCAAAAUGGCAGGUUCGACCAUCCUGACAGAAUGUUUAACAGUCUAUCUGAUGUGUGGAAAAAUGUACUAAAUAACAUGUCGGACUUCAAAGAACUGAUACCGGAGUUUUACGAUACGAGCAACAACGGAGAUUUUUUGGUCAACAGUUACGGUAUCGAUUUCGGCUAUCGGCACGACGGAACGAAAAUCAACGAUGUGCAUUUGCCACCUUGGGCGAAAGAUCCAUCGGAUUUCGUAAGGAAGAUGAGAAAAGUCUUAGAAAGUAAUUGGGUCUCGAAGAAUCUGCACCACUGGAUCGACCUCAUUUUUGGGUACAAGCAAAAGGGGGAAGAAGCAGUCAAAGCGGAUAAUGUGUUCUUCCAUCUGUGUUACGAAGGAGCCAUCGAUUUAGACACAAUAAAAGAUAUCAACGACAGACACGGCCUCGAGGUUCAAAUCAUGGAAUUUGGACAAAUUCCCAAACAAAUAUUCAAAGUACCUCAUCCGAAGCGAUUCGUAGUGGCUGACCUAAUCAAAAGCGAAAGCUUGUUUUCAGCACAGGAACAUUCAUCAUCACCCGGAAUUAAAAUGCCAAAUUUCAAACAAAGAUAUGUAUUCCAAUCGCACAAGGAAUCGGUGAGUGCGGUAGCAACCAUAAGUUAUGACGCACAGAGCGAGGACGUUAUUUCGGUGGGCCGUGACGGCAUUAUGAAAAUAUAUUCUCCGCAAACUGGCAAAUUGACACGAAGGAUCGCAUUGUCUUCCGUUCCCUUGAUUUCUUGUGUUUCGUAUCAAACGCCUUCGAAAUCCAAUGUCAUCGUAGUUGGUACUUCGGAUAAUUAUCUAAUUUACUACGACGUGGAGUUUGCAAAGGUUUUCGAAACACUGUACGCACACAACGAUGCGGUCUCUUGCCUGCUGUACAGUAAAAAGCAUAAUGUCAUAGCAUCGAGCUCUUGGGAUUGCACCACCAAAAUUUGGCGACCCUACUCGGAUAGAAAGAUGAAACUUGCCGAGAGUUUUGUAGCCGAACUAGAUCACGAUGCUCAAGUCACCUGUAUUAGUAUGUCAAAAGAUGAAACUUUACUAGCUACUGGUACAGAGGAUGGAGAAGUUUACUUGUGGAAUUUUGGUUCGUACGAACUUCGGUUUACCGUUAAAGAUCACAUGUCCAGAGUCAAUUCUAUAACGUUUGAACCGGAAUCAAAUAACAUUAUAUCUUGCGCGAGCAAUAAUUCGUUAAUCGUCAUGGAUGUACAAACUAGUACUCAAAUUUAUUUUGCAACGUUGGACGAAGAACCCAUGAGCUUUGGGUGGAUUGGUUCGUUGUUACUAAUCGGAGAUGCCCAAGGCGAUCUUCACGUGUGGUACCCACAGACUGCGGCGUUCAUAUCCAAAUUUCACUGUCACGAGGGAGCUAUAGUAUCCGUAGCUAUAACGUCAGACAAUAAAAAGGUGAUGACAGGUGGUCGAGAUAAGAAAGUUAUCGUAUGGGAUUGCGAAUGAUAAUUAUUUUUACCUAGUGUUAUCGCGAAAU